GCUGGCUGGCCGAAUGGACGUCAGCAUCAGUCGCUACAAGUGUGUGCCGCCGGUUGAACGUGUGCUGGGUCCGUUUGGCUCAGCUGGCCAAAUUAGUACUCGUAGAAACGAUCGAGUGUUUCUUUUCAAACCAACAGUAACAGAGUUGGGUGUGCCGGCUUCUCUUCAAUAUAAUUAGGGUUUAUUUUGAAGGGUUACAAAUAUUCAUUUAUUCCUUUUUUAACAGUAAAUAUUGUGAAAUAUUAAAAUAAUACGCGUUCCUGAAAAUUUUUUAUCAAUUAAUUAAUUUGGUGAAAUAAUUUUAUGAAACAUCUAUGAAAACAUACAUAGACUUCAUUCAUAAGCUUUUUAACAAGUAAUGGCUUUAUAGUUGUUGCAUGCCCAGUAUAUCAACGCAAAUAACUACUAAAGAAGCGAAAUGGCAGUAUCGCAAAAAUUGGUUGCAUAAAAGUUCGUGUGAAGGCUGAAUGCCGGCAAUAGAGAAUUCUCGUGGGCGGCGAAUAAAAGCUACGGCGGAGAACGCGGUGUAACAGUUAAGAAUUCGAAGGUGCUCUGACAACUUAAAAACUUACUAACUGGUUGGCACAAAAUAAGAAAAAAAGAUCGUAGAUAUAUUUACCAGCUGCAGGUGUCUUACCAAAGUAUAGCUAAGAAAAAUACGAAUCCAGAAAAUAAUGGAAGUGGUUGGAUGGCGGGACCUAGAGCAGAUCAUACGAAUGUUAGAGGUAUAAUAAAACCAAGAAAGGAAGAGUCGCAAAUUUAUUUGUAAACGAAAGUCAAACAACAACGAAAAAAGCUAAUAAAAAUAAACUAAAUUAAACAACAACAACCACAAAAGUUAAUGAUCGUCUAUAAAUAUAUUUUAUAAAGUGUGAAGAAGCGGAAUAAAUAAGGCAACAUAUUAGCGCCUCUGUGAGUGAGUACUUAAACCGCAAUUGCACUGAGCAACACCACCUCCGAAAAGCGCCUCAAAGUAUGUUCAAUUUGCUGCGGCGCUCCACAAAGAAGAAAAAGAAUUCGAACCAGGAGAAAAGUCCCAAGUCAGCGCGUUAUUCAGCGGGAGCACCAGAAGAGCGCGCUAACGGUGCUGGCGGUGGUAGUGAUAAAUCCAAUGCAGCUGGAUCCAUUGAGCGUUACCGCUCGUACGGUGAGUGGCAGCGUGAACGUGAACGCGAACGCGAGCAGGAGAGGAAACGCCAACAAGAUGAGCGACGAAGAGGAUUACCAAUACACACAAACAGUGGUAAAACGUACAGGCGUGCGGAAAUAGAAGAAUUUGAUGAUUUAAAAGAUUUAGAGGAAAAUGAAAAUGACUAUUGCGAUGACGCUGAUGCGAGAAGUGAUGAAAGUAGUUUGGCGAGCGCGGGACGCAAAACACUAUUUGGGGGAAGCGGCAAAUCAGCAACGAACGAGCGUUGUGUCUAUUUUCGCAGCAAUCGCGUUGAUGGCGAAAGCGAUCGUCAAGUGGGAAACAAAUUAAAUUUAGCAAAAACAACAGCUGCCAACAACACGGCACUGAGCGAUGCGGCAGACACAGCCAUAGCAAAAGAAGAAUACAAAGAAUAUGAAGAAUCUUGCUCAGCGAUCUCUUCAACGGGGGAAGGGCUUGUGGCAGCCACAAACAGCGUAAAAGCAUCUUCAUCAUUUAUAUUGCCCAACGAAACAGCCACUUUGCGUACUAAUGAUCGCACACUAGGCGAUUUGAAUGUAGACAAAAUAAAUAAAUUAUCUGCAGAACAAAACAUAUUAGAUGCGAGCCACGGUGAUAUACACGAAAGCAACGAGGACAAUCGUCGUUUUGCCCGAUCAUCCGCUGUGCGCGACGAUAUGGUUUGCCAUGACUGUGAAACGUUGUAUUGCCAUGACAGUUCGAACGAAGAAGCUGUGUGGCAGAGGCGCAUUUUACCGUUCGCCAAGUGCAAAAAAUAUAAUAAAACCGAUCGAUUCACAAAUCGAUCAUUAAUCGAAUCGGAUCAAUGCAAAAUCAUUCAAGAUACCACGAAUAGUGCAAUCGCGAGUAACUCUGCGAAUGGCGAAAAUGUCGAAAGGGCCUUCAAUGCGACUGCAAGUAAUGAAAAUAGAAUUAGGAACGACAACGGUAAUAGACACGAAAGCGAUAUACUCCCCGCGAAUGAGCAAAUUGCAUUAGCCAAUGACACAACGAAUGCCGCGGCAAUUGGCGCAGUGAAGUAUCGAAACUUUGAUAAUACAAAUAGAACAACGAAAGUGCAAAAAAAUAGCGAAGCGAAACGACAAUCGAGACUAUCGCUGACAUUGGGUUUGAAUUUAAAGGGUGCGCGAAGUAAAAGUAUAACCGACGUCUCAACGGCCAACACAGAUUCCAGCAGUGUCACCGGCUAUUACAGUAGUUCGAGUAGCUGCUCUGGUCGUGGCCAACGGAAACAAUCGCAACUCGGCAAAGCAUUUAGGAAUUCAUUCUUGCGCGGACGUUCAAAGAGUAGUGACACCGAAACCCCUUUUGAAGACGACGCGUUGAAAAGUGUGAAAGUCGAAAAGAGUCUAAGCGGUGCUGGUAGUAAAGCUUUAAGAAAGAGUAAAGAAUUUCUUAGUGAUUUAUUUAUGGCGCGUGGACGUAAUAAUAAUCGUAAUCGCAACCCACAAACACAAACACCAACGCAAACACAAACACAAAAAAUACCCCAAACACUCACGCAAAAGCAGCAGCAACAAAAAUUGGCACAACUUCAACAGCCUUCGUCGAAAGACGUCCGUCCGUUCGCACCUGCCAACGCGCCAACAAGCGUCAACAAUAACAGUCAUCAGCAUCAUCAUUCAUCUCGAAACAGUUAUAAUAAUAGUUCCCCACAAGUGAAUCCAGUCGCAGUAAUGCAAAAUGGUCAAAAUAAUUUGGUUAGUACACACCUUGACGUGAUCUCCGACCCCUUAGGCUGGUCCACAAAUAGUUAUCAAAUAACGAUGUCUAAUAAUAACGCCAAGAAUGUCAGCCGAAUCGACGACGACGCGGAGCGCCAGCGACGUAGCAAUUCAGCGGGAGAACAGCAAUUGAGCGUGAGAGUAGCUCCAAUAGAAGCCAGUGCGCGCUCACGCUCAGCAGAUCCGCAGUGGUGCGUGAGCGAGACUGGAGCAAGAAAAGAGAGUAAGGCAUUUGACGGGGAGUCGGUAGAACGGAGGUUGAAUGAGGCUGGCAACGGCGAAUGCGGCAUUAUUCGCGAGAUAAGUGUCGAGUUGAAAGGUAGCGUAAAAACGGCUGGCACGGAUAACAUCAACGCUGCACAAGCAGAUGAUCGUCAACGUGAAAGCUCUAUUGCAGGCGAUCCGCUUAGAAAUACUGCAAUUGAAACAAGUUAUCGAAACGUAACCAAUAACAUAAAUAGUGAAGAGUAUAUUGUGAAAGAUAAAGAGGAAGGGAACGGGGAAGAAGAAGCGUGUGUGCAGGGCAGUGCCGUUAAUAGAGUAAUUAAAAGUAAUCAGUGCAAGAACGAUGUGACGAUAUGUAGUAAAGCAAGUGAGGCACCGCAUAGUGCGUUCCCUAUAACAACAACAACAAAAACUCCGAGCACAUCAACAAAUAGCGCGAAUAGCGAACGUGAAGCGUGCAAUUUACCGUCGUCCCCAGAAGCUCUUUCGCCGUCAGUGUGUCCACAUAGCGCGUCUAUGGGGCAGACGAGUGCCAAACCGAGCGAAACCGCACCCAGUUCGCGCGCUAGUACACCGGGUGAAUAUCGCGAGACCGUCUUGCCAGAUACACUUAGUGGUGGUAGGGCGAGCGAGUGUGUUGCUGAUAAGCCGCAAAUACCCAUAUUGCCCAAAAUAACUGUUGUGGACUGUAGCGGCAGUCUGAAUGGAGAAGGGCAGAACGUUGCAGGUAGCCCAGUGGAACAGGAAGUAUUUUACGACUUCGAAAAUGAUUUACCUCCUAAACGGGUGUGUGCCGGUGUGGAGAUAAGUGCUGUCAGUGAGGAUGUCGACCAACUAGUUAAUGACAUCGAAGAGGACGAAGUGUUUAACGACCAGGAAGUACCGGCAACUAUUUACCAAUCAAAAUGGCCAUUGCGUUACAAUCCCACCAAACUUGAAAACGUGCCCGAGCAAGAAGAAAACGAGGAGGAGGAGGAGCUGGUUGAAAGCGAUGAAGCAGACAGUGCAACAGACUUCGAUUCCGACAACGUAGAGGCAGAUGGUGACGCUGAUAUUGAUAUUGAUGUGGAUGUAGCCAAGACCGAAGAUGCUGCCAACCUUGACAUUGAAUUUGAGGGCAACCAACACUUUGAUAGCCCUGAGCGUAAUGCACUCAAGAGUGCCAAUACGAGCGACUCCAAUCUGAGCAACAGCUGCCACGACUCGGGAAUUAGCGGCAUCGACUCUCACUGCUCGUCGACAUCGUCAUCGAAUAGCCACCGGCAUUCAAGCAGCGACAAUGAAACGCAUGCCGCACGCUCCACUAAAAGCCGAUCGCCACCAAUGCAACUGCAUAGAAAUCGUCAGCAGCAACCGCAACUGAUGGCACAUCAACGUUUGCCCUUCGUGCGCGAUGGCAAUUCGACGGACUGCGAUGAGACGCUGUUGCAGUACGACGAUCCCGAAUAUGUCACAGACUUGGAUCCGAAUGAACGUUUGGUCUGCAUAGAGAGCAUAAGUUUGCCGGAUGUUGUGGUCGAGUCAACGACCGGAGCAUCGGGUGUAAAUGCUUCCGCUUCCUCCGCAACAUCCUCCGGCGAUCAUACCUUUAGUAAAGGCAGUGAGCAGAUCAUCAACAUUAACGGUGCGACGGGAAACAGUAUCGGUAAUGUGCAUUUCAUACCAAUUCAUGUGGAAGGCAGCGAUCAAGCGACGCCAAAGAGACGCAGUGUUGACGACAGUGUGCUCGGCAGUGGUGGUGGCAUUAAUAAAACCUUUGCGCACAUGAACGGUUUGCAGCAGAAGUCAACGAUCGAGAUAACGGAGGAUGCUAGUGAGUUGACAUAUGCCAGAGUGAACGGACACAGCAGCAAUGGCAAUGACGAAGUGGUGGAAAAACUCAGACAAGAACUAAUUGAGCAAAAAUCACGUUACAACACACAAAUUGGCGAUGCGCAGAAAAAUGUGCAAAAUUUGCAGAAUAAAGUUGGGGAAAUGCAGGCGAAAAUUGAGAAACUGGAACAAGAAUUGUCGACGAAGGCGUGGAAUGUAGAGCGAUUACAAAGUGAGCUGAAGGCGGCACAAAAGGACGAUGACUUCGUCCGAAAGCGAUUGAAGUUGCUUGAAGACGAAAAAGUAAGUCUGCGUCACAAAUACAGUGAAAACGAGGACGAAUUUAGGAGAAAAUAUGAGGAACUCGAAACGCAGUACAACGAGCUGGAGGUGAAGUACAAGGAAACCAAACAGUUGGCCAGUAAUCUGCAAACACAACUCGCGACGGCUCAAAGUGAAGCUGAGGAAUGGCGCAAAGAGGUCGAAAAGAUACGCGGCGAAUUGGAAACACAAAUAGCAAUACUGAAGAAUGCGCUCGAGAGCUCGGAGGCGGAACGAAAAAUCUGUCAGGAUAAAUGGCAAAAGGAGUUCGAAAUACUGAGGACACAAAACAGGGAUCGCGAGGAAACGGUCAUGACCGAUUGCGAAUGGAAGCUCCGUCAAAUACAAAGGCAAGCCAAAGAUAAAACUGACAAAAUUAUUCAUGAGCGCGAGCUGGUUACGGAGCGUGCUGAACAAUUGCAGCACGAGUUGGAGGAGCGUAAGCAGGAAGUUCAAAGUUUAAAAGUUUACCAGGCUGAGGUGACGUCACUGCGUGGUGUGGUAACCGAACAGGAGCAAGCUAUAAAAUCUCUUAUGCAUCAAAUUGACAAUAUAAAAAGUGAACUGCAUACGGCCAAAACGAAUUUGGAGGAGCAGAUGAAAGCCGUGAAGAAAAUCAAAAAUCAGUGUGAUAACGCGCUCUGUGAUAAGGAACGAGAAGUAGUUUAUCGUAUCAGCGAGGUGCGCAAUCAAGCUGCCGUCUUCUGGGAGGACAAACUUUAUACAGAGAUGACAAGACUGAAAACUGAACUCGAAUCUGUUUACGUAGAUGAGCGUCGCGAGGCUCUCGAUAAGCUGCAAGCUGAGCAUAUUGAAGAGCUUCGCGCUCUGACGACACGCUACACCGCCAACGAGGAUGAGCUCAGAACUGAGCUCAACGAAUUGCAAGAGCGUUUCGAACGUAAAAGCGACGAGUUCACAGAGAUGCGGGAUAAAUCUGAUAAUACUUUGCUGCAGAUGCGAAUGCAUUUGGAUCGUGCUGAUCGUGAAUAUCAAAAUGCGAUGUGCCGGGAAGAGGAGCGAAGGGAGACAUUGGAAGCAAAUUUACGAAAGGAGUUUCAGGCUGAACGGGAGGAAAUGGAGGAGAAAUUCCGAGAGCGUUUGAGUCAGGUGAAGGAGGAGUUCGCCAAGGAGUUACAGCUGGCAACAGAGGAGAUGCGGCAAGAAAAACAAAAAGAAUUAGAGCAACAAAAGGUUAAACUGCAAGCUGAAAAGGAGCAAGCGCUGCAAGAACUCACCGAACGACAUCGUAAAAAACUCGCCGCUGCUGAAGAGCAAAUCAAAGAAAUUGAGCUUCAACACCAACACGAUCUUAAAGAUCUAAAGGCGGCAUACGAUACAGAGAAGGCGGCUAUGGACAAACGGGACAUCAGCAAUACAAACGAAAUUGAGCAGCUCCAUAGGAAAUGUCGGUGCCUGACAAAUCUUUUUGAAGAGAUGCGCAUGCGUUACGAACGCCGCGAUCCCCGACCUGAAGAUUUGCGUGAAAUCGACGAAUUGCGCAGCCGCUGUGAGUCACAGGAGCGUGACCUAUUCGACCUAACCGACCGCUUGCGUGAAAUGCAAAUACAAAUGACAGCUAUGCAAGCGGCUAACGGUGAUGCGGCCAAGAAGGUUGCGAAACAAGUGAAGAAGCCACCACCGAAAACGAUACCAACCAAUUGUGACGUCAUCUACGAAGAUGAAAACGAAGAACGUGAAUCACCACCCCCGCAAACAUCACCCCUAAACAAUCAUGUGGAUGACGACGAUGAUGAAGAUGAUGAUGCUGAUGAUGAUGCCAAACAAGAUGAGGAGGAAGAAAGCGACGAUAAUGAAGAGGCAGAUGAGGACGAAGUGGUUGAAGCAGCAGAGCAGGAUUUAGAGAAACGCAAGAAUGGGAAAAAUCAAUCGAGAUGCGUGAAUAGCAAUGCCAAAACUGCCAAUCUCAUCAUUUCGAGCAAGGAGCAUUUUCAGAAAAAAAACGACACAAUUAAUGAGGCCGAUGAGAGUCACAUGAUUACAGCAGUGUAAUGGCAGAGCUCUGAAAAGCCUACUAUUACCAUUUUUUAACAAAAAAUGUCUUUGACAUGCGUUACUGACAGUUUAAUAGCUCACACGUACAUAUCUACAAACACACACACACACACACAUGCGCACAUGCAUACACAAGUACAUUGCUUAUAAGCAGAUUGUUUGUUUUUCAAUGAAUUGAUUUUGUUUGAAUUAUUAGUUACUUUAUUUAUAUAGAAAUUGUUACAUAGAUGCAUGAAACUCGCGUCGCGUUGAAAGAGAAAAAUCACAAACUCAUAUAUAUACACACAUACAUACAUACAUCCUUAUGCAGCUUUUUGCAAACUUUUAUGAAUGAUAUAAAUUUUUGGCUAUUUUAAAAAUUUGCCUUUUUUCAAAAAAUAACACAUAAAUGCUGCGAAUUAUGAUAUUCAAACGAUAUAUUAAAAAAAAAACGAAAAAUUUUAAAUAACCACAUAUGUAAACUAAAAUUAAGUGUAAAAAAGUGCCAAGUUUGAAAU